AUGAGCCUGGGAAAGAUCAAUGACACAGAUGAUGAGGCCGGCUCUGUUGUGGGCUGGGGUCGGGUGAAGCAGUUUGUUCAGAAGCUUGGGAAAACCCCUCACAGUCAGAAUUUGAGCCUGUGCCACUGUGAUCUGACAGCUACAGAUGUGGUGGAACUAGCCACCUUACUGCCAUUUCUGGCUCAGCUGGAGGUGAUGGACCUGUCCUGGAAUGAUCUGGUUGGAGGCUCCCUGAAGGCACUUACUGUCCAUCUGCAGCAUGUAGGGAAACUGAGAGUGCUGAAGCUGUGUAGCUGCAGAUUAACAAAUCAAGACCUUACUGCUCUUGGUGAGGCUCUUGACUGCAUUCCUCUAAUAGAGGUGCUAGAUUUGUCCUGGAAUGUUGGCGUCGGUGCAGGAAAUUUCAGACACUUCACAGAACACCUCCAACCUGAAAGCACACUGAAAGAACUCCGCCUGGUGGACUGUCAGCUCUCUGAGACAGACAUUACAGCUCUGAGUGAGGCUCUUCCCAUGUUGUCUAGUUUGGAGGAGUUAGAUCUGUCCAAUAAUAAUCUGUCAAUCAAGGGAAUGGAGAACUUCACCUCCUCUCUAGGCUCAACUCCACAACUGAAGACCCUAAAACUGAGCAUGUGUGGACUCAGUAAAGACAGCAUCAGUGUUCUGGGACAGGCACUCAGGUCCGUUCCUGCGCUAGAGCACAUCAAUCUGUCAUGUAAUAAGGAAGCAGGUGGCGGUCUCACCAUGCUGUCCACUAACCUAGCUCUCCUCAGACACCUGAGAAGUUUGGACAUGCAUCUGUGCUGUCUAACAAAGGAGGAUGUGUUGGCUUUAGUCCAGGUAGCUUCAUAUCUCAAAGAGCUCAGAGAGCUGGAUUUGUCAUCCAAUAAAAGUGUUGGAGAGACACUCCAGAAUCUUCUGCAAACCCUCCCUCUUUCUCAGAUAACCAAACUUCCAUUAAACAACUGUGCUUUGAGCACACAUGCAUGCCAUGCUCUUGAAUCUGCUUGCCAGAGUGGAGUUCUGUCCCAUCUGAAACAGCUGGAUUUGUCUUAUAAUGGCAGCGUUGGGGAUGGUGGUUGGAUGUCUCUUUUUGGGAAGGCUGCUGCUCUAAAGGGACUGGAGGAGCUGGAUGUCAGUCUGCGACCUUCUGCAUCUCUCUCUGUGUCUCCCUGGCUGCCCGCCUUGUUGGAGGCCCUACCGCAGCUCUCGUCCCUCACCCGUCUGUCUCUGCAGCACUGGGCUCUGAGUUCAGCUGAGAUAGAGAAGAUGGAAAAAAUUCUUCGCAAGAAGAAUGUCAUCCUGGAAUGUGACAGGCUGGCCACAUCCACACCAAAGGCAGCAGGUUAA